CGCUUUUUGAUUAAUUAAUUGUUUUUAAAGGUUACUCUGUACUCCAUGUUUGUGUCCAUCAUGGCAUUUUUUGCCCAAGUGAGUGAUCCUGCCGUGGGAGGAACAUAUAUGACGCUGCUCAACACUCUCACUAAUCUUGGAGGUAAUUGGCCCACGACAUUAGCCCUGUGGUGUGUGGAGGGAUUAACCUUUAGUUCUUGUCUGGGUGGGGAGAAGGCGGAUGAGGGGUGUGGCACUAAGGAUGAGCAGGAGGCGUGUCUAGUAGGUGGAGGCUCCUGUUCUAACUACCUAGACGGAUACUAUGCUGAGACUGGGAUCUGUAUUCUUCUAGGUACAAUAUGGUUGGUAUUCUGGGGGAGUAAAACUAUCACUAGAUUACAAGAUGCUCCUCUAGACACCUGGAGAGUUGUUAAACAGAAACAAAAAUCUGAAGAUUAGAAUAAUUCGAUUUAUUUUGUUGUUAUUUUAUAAGUAUUUUUAUCGACGUUGCAUUUCUGUUGAAAUUUAAACCUGCGGGUAGAACGUGUCCUUUUUAUUUUUAGAAACGAAAAUUUGAUUUUUAAAAUUUGAAAAGUUUAUUAAUUUCCUAAAAAUGAUAAAAUAAGCUCAAAAAAAUCUAGUUCUCUUGCAUCACAUUUAUCUCACCCUUUUCAUAAGUAAUUGAUUGCAAGAAGUCGUGAUGAAAGCACGCGUGAUCACUGAUCAUGUUUUGGUAACGGUGAUGUAGUGUUAAUAUAAUUUUUAUACAAAGAUGUAAUUAUUGCCAAUAUGUUUUCUUUAUAGCGCUGCUGUAGCCAAUCAUGCACAAAAUACUAAUAAUACACCAAUACAAGUUAAUUCACGGAAACUAAAUUUACAUACAGAUAUUUUGUCAUUUUGAUGAUAAAAAUGGCACCCUAGGAGUGGUUGAUUUGACAGGGGAAAUUGAAAAAUAAUAGAGAAAGUGUUAGUAACCCUGUAUAGUGUAUAUUUAGUGUAUUAUUUUUCUUCACAUUUAAAUUAAAUCAUAUAUUGCAAGCUCUUGUGAUCUUGUUAAUUCGGGUUUUCAUUCCACAAGAAAUUAACGGUUACGGUGGUUUUUUGUUAUCCGUAUAAAGAUAAAAUUUUGAAGAGCUUUUAUGAAAUUGUACAAAAAAUAAUAUCGUUCCUAUGUCAACCGAUCUAGUAAGCACGAACUAAGAUUCUUCUAACCUGAAACAAGUCUUCUUGAAUAUCAGAAACCUUCAGUUUUGUUUACUGCAGGUCGGUUAACAUAUCAUCAAAUUAUUCAGUAAAAUCACUUUAAUUUGAAGGAGAAUGUGUCUUGUUUAUGUUUAACUGUGAUACUGACGAACGUUUAAUGUAAUUGAUUUUUAUCCAUGCCUUAGCAAUUCAAAAUAAUUUUGUUUCUGUAAAUUUUUUUUAAUUCAUGGCAUUUCUGCAAACCAUUAUGACCAGAUGAAGCAUGUCAAUAAUUUUGUUAUCCUUUAUUUGUUAUUGUUAUCUUUUCAUUAAAUAAACAUAUUAUCACUGAU